GCGUCCGGCGCCGCUGCCGUCGCAGCCAGUCGCCGCCGUGCUGUGUGGCGAGCAGCACGCGCCUGGAGCCGUCCAGAGGCCGACCAGGAGCUGUCCAGGAGCUGACCAACUGAGACUGACCGGCGCUGACCACUGGUGACCAGUGGUCAGAGGUGCACUGGGCAGAGGUCACUCGAGGUCACCCACCGAGUGACCAGUGGUCGACUGGAAUUAGAAUCACGUGAUUCCGGACUUCUUCAUUCGUGACGGACUUCCAGCCAUCGCGAACAAACCACCACUCAGGUGGAUCUGAAGUGACCCGGACUGACCUGACCUGAGGUCACUGUCACUCAGUACAGAGCGUGACGUCAUCAUCGACCCCCGUGUGACGUCAGGAUGAGGGUGAAGAUGCCGCCGUCGGUGCGGAUCGUCCAGGAUAUCCAGCCGGACAGAGGGAUGCAGCUGUUGCACCGCGAAAUCUGCUGCCAGGGCGGGUCAGAUUCGGAGCCCACCAAAGACGCCAUGACCUGCCGCGUCUGCCAGCGCGACUUCGACCUGCCAGACUUCAUCCGGCUAAUCCAGCAGUGGGCGCUCAGCUGUUCUGCCGACCCCAGCGUUGCCCCAGACCAGCACCUGACCCGCCUGGCACUGCCCGGGGCAGAGGGAGGCGAUGACCUUGAGGCACAGCGCCGCCUGGCGGCCAGUCUGCUGCGGCACCUAACACCAUCUGUCCGAGACCGAGAGAACUCGGAGUGCAGGGAGCAGUCACCGACGCCGUCCACUGCAUCCAGUGGAUCUUCGUCGGAGAAGAAAGAGGGAACCAAGAGUGAAGAGAGGGAAGAGGAGAGGAGGAAAAGCUCGGUCGUCGAUGUCGGCGCCAACACCAAUGAAUCAGGUCCUUGGAGCUACGUAUGCUUCACGUGCAAGGAACCGCACAGUUCGGCCUGGGCACUGGUGCGACAUGUUCAGGAGCGGCAUCAAGUCAAAAUCUACGAGGAUAACGCCACCAACCUCCAUCGUUCAACAACAUCGUCUCCUGCACCAGCAACAAGCACUGAGAAAAUGUCCGAUGAAGUGCCGUCACGGACAGAAGGAUCUCCGUCGCCAUCGGAUGACGCCCCGAAGCCCUGCUCUCCGUUACCAGGACCCUGUUCUCCCUCCAUAUCAGUCUCAUCACCGGCCCAAAGCUCAAUCUCCCCUGAAUGCGACUCCAGGUCAGAGUCUCCGAGUCCGCCACCCGCCGCUCAGGCCUGCUCGUCCGAGGGCGCCGUCUUCCCACGUGGUGGCAACGCCUCCGCUCCUGGGGAAGAUUCAGCAGAGCACGUUACUUCGUUUCCAUCCGUGGACGAGCCGCAGCCGAUCGUUCGGGAGGCUACCUCACCACCUCGCCUCCAAUCCGACCUCAGCAGCCGUCCUUCACCCAUCCCUGUUCCAGUCCGACCGACGAGCCGCGACUUCCGAGUGGAGAACAUCCUUUCAGAAAGGUUCCGCUUUAACUCCCUCACUGAGGACAUCUCUCGUACCCUGCAGCCGCCGUCAAGUGACUCUCUAAGCACCGAUGCUGAGCCUCUCAUGAAGAGGGCGCGGCAGUCGUCUCCACCCACAAAUCUGUCGGCUGUCACAACCAGUCCCGCCACGUCCCGUGAUCGUCCCAGAGCCUGCGAGUUCUGCCACAAAGAGUUCCGUUUUCAAAGCAAUCUUGUUGUCCACCGUCGUAUCCACACCGGUGAGAAGCCGUACCGAUGCCGCAUCUGCAGCCACGCCUGCACACAGAGCAGCAAACUGAAGCGACACAUGAAGACGCAUUUAAACGAGCUGGAUCGCGCGGCAGCAGCUGCUGCCGCUGCCGAAGAGCUUCGUGAGGAUGCAAGCACCCUGGACGAGGAAGAAGCUGAGGAGCGUGCGAAGGACGAGCGAGAGUCGGGUGAACAGGACGUUGAUGCUCCAGAGGAUCAGCCGGAGGACCUGUCUACUCGACGAACAACUACGAGAAAGACGCCCUCUCCUGCGCCAGCACCGCCGACCGCAGCAAAGCCUUCGCUGGUCGGUGAACUGAUGGACAAGUUUGGUCUAUCGAGCAUCAAUGCAUACCGGGAUGCUUAUCGUCAAGCACUACAAGAAUCAGGCAAGGAGAAUGCCACGGACAAGACCUCUUCCCAUAACGUUGCUACCUCUCUACCCCUACAUCCAUCUUCGGUACCGAUGCCGUCUGUUUCCUCUCCCAGCAUCAGUACCUUGGAGCAAGCGCGCCGACUUCGCCAGGAGCUGGAGGCGGGACCGUUGCGCGGAAUGUGGCUCCCACCGCUGCCUCUCCCCAGUCCUCUGGGUCUGCCUCCGUCCCUUCCUCCUGCUUUACUACGCCACGCCAAGGCGGCAGAGAGUGCGCUGGCUGCCUCGGCCGAGCUGGGGCUGAGCGGGUUCCGACCUGGGUCACUGGACUCGUUCAAACUCCCCGGUGGGGUGGACGCAUACAAAUUGCCCACCGGUCUAGACGCCUAUAAGCUUCCGGGUAGCCUGGAUGGUUACAAGAUUCCCACUCGACAGGACAGCUUGAAACCGCCCACCACUACGGAGCCAUUCGGCCUGAAGCCGCCCUCGGUCGCCGCAGCUACCCUCGGCCUGACCCGCCGCCAGAGACGUGACACCUGCGAGUACUGCGGAAAGGUCUUCAAGAACGGCUCCAAUCUCACCGUCCACAAGCGGUCUCACACGGGUGAGAAGCCCUACCGCUGUCGGAUGUGCAACUACGCCUGCGCACAGAGCAGCAAGCUCACUCGGCAUAUGAAGACCCACGGCCGCAUGGGCAAGGACGUGUUCCAGUGUCGAUUCUGCGGCAUGCCCUUCUCAGUCGCGUCCACCCUCGAGAAGCACAUGCGGAAGUGUGUUGUCAGCAAAGCCAGCAAGGCCUCGUUCAUGCCGUCAGUGCUUCCUGGCCAGUCAUGAGAACAAGAACGAGAACAGUGUUUACAGUGUGAUUAGGUGGCGUUAUUGGGGACGCUUGUGCGCGUGCUUCGGUAAUGUUCUUACAACCCUAUCCAUGACGAUGGUGUUCUGUGAUGUCACAAGUGUGUACGUUUGUGCGGGAAAUAUGGCAGAGCGAGAACAAUGACUACACUGUGAUUCAUAGGCGAACAGUAUGACGUCAGAGUCCUGACGCAGGAAGGUUGUCGCUCGUUCCACGUCAUGUGUGCAAAGAAUGUGUGAAUAGGAUUCGUCGGGAACAUUGGGGAGUGUGGUGACAGCGAGUCCAGUGCCCGAUACCGCACCAAGGAGAGUUAGUAUUGGAGUGUGUGCUGACAAAGUACAACGUUCGCACGCAGUAUUAGGAACUCAUCAGCUUUAAGGUCACUUUGCCGAUAACCAAAAAUGCGCACGCAUGUGAAUGUGGUUUUUACUUGGAGUUGAGUGCCUACGUGUUGACUUUAGGAGGCUGCUCACUAGAAGUGUUCUGUAAGGAGCAUUUGCGGGUGUUCGGUAGAAGAGUGUUCAUUUUAACUCUCAAUUACUUAUAGAAUAUGUGCUAGAUGCAGUUUGUAAAUAGCUCACCAAGUUUGAAGUUCAUUCACAUACUUGAGUUUCCAAUAGAUGAAGUAAAAGCAACACGUUGAAUUUACGUCCUCUCUAAAGAUGAGAAACGUAAAUGUAGGGAACAUGUAAAUGGAAAGCACGGCAAUAAAAAAUGCAAACCCACCGUUUGUUUUCAUUGUAA